AUGGAAAAACUGGGCGUUCCUGGGUCAGUGCUAAGCGGGAAUGCUCACGUCAAUACCUGCCGGAGGUUGGAUAUAGAGCCUCAAAAGGGUUGUCCGGGCGGUGCCAAAGGAAGCUUCCCCGAAAACAGGAAAUCCGAUUUCCAUAUUGAUCCAUCCAACAACCCCGCAGUUCUGCACGCACAAUUCGAUCAUUUGCGCAGCACUUGUCCUCUCGCAUUCACCUUGGAUAAGGGCGGUUUUUGGCUCCUAACCAGGUAUGCCGACAUCAAGGCAUCCGCUGCAGAUCAUAACACAUUCAUAUCCUCUGUCAAAGCUGUUGUCCCAUCCGACCCAAGAGGAACGAGAAGGCCGCCGCUGAACUAUGAUCCACCGAAUCAUACCCCGUACCGAACCGCAUUGGACCGUACACUCCGACCACAAAGACUGGAGAGACUGCGUCCAUUGCUCGAAAAGCAUGCCGAAGAGGAACUGGAAAAACUUCUUCAACGCGGCGGUGGCGACAUCUGCACCGAAUUUGGAGCGAAUUACGCAGCAUGGGUUGAAACAGAAUGGUUGAACCUUGAUCAUGCUUCGGCACCUGUGCUAGCGGAAACAGCAGCGAGGUGGGUGAACGCAUGGAGGCAGGAAGAUGCUGAAAAUGUUAUGAAGUACUCGACGAGACUGUACGACAUUGCGAGAGCGCUGUUUGCAGACAGAAAAGACAAUCCACGAGACACGGCAUCAGAUCCCGCCACUAGCUUACUGGCAGAACAGGACGAGAAAGGGGAGCCGUUGAAGGAAGAGCAUCUAAUCGGUGCACUAAGGCAAAGCUUGGUGGUCGGCAUGGUCGCACCACCACUCAUGCUAGGAGGGAUAUGUAACCAUCUCUCGGAGGAUCAAGAGCUGCAACAACGGCUGAGAGAAGAACCUGGACUGAUUGGGCCUGCUGUAGAAGAGUUCAUCCGGUUAUAUGUUCCCUAUCGAGGAUUCUCGCGAACGGUUUCAAGCAAAGUGGAAAUCCACGGUCGCAUCAUCCGACCAGGGCAGCCGGUGACCAUGACCUAUGCAGCAGGCAACCGGGAUCCUCAAGUAUUUCCUCGCCCUCAUGAGUUCGUCUUAGAUCGGCCGAAUAUCUCAUCCCAUCUUGGAUUUGGCCGAGGGCGGCACCGUUGUGCGGGAGCGCCUCUCGCGAGGAUGGCCCUUCAAAUCGCCGUCUCUGUCAUUCUGAAAAGGACGGAGCGUUUCGAAGUGAAUGGACCUCUGCAGUUCGUCAGGAUGCCGGAAAUGGGCAUCAUGAGCUGUCCACUUCGGUUGAUCCCCUCUAUGGCCGUAUGA